AAAAAAAGAAGAUUAAUGUUGUCGAAAGUAGGUAAACAACGUAGAACGAGGGGUAAUGUUGAUACCACGGAUAUUCUGAUGGGUGACAUCACUGGGAAGAAAUUCGAAGAUAGGGCUUUCGAUGAAUUUGAUAACGAUAAUGAAUUCCAUAAAAUUCAAGAUAUUCCUUCAAUUUCUCCAAAAGAUCAACAAGAUUUAAUAGAGUUACGUGGUGUAUUUUCCAGAGAAAUUGAAACUUUACGUGAUGAAUUUAAAGAAACUACUAUAAAGUUAAGAGAAGUUGAAAAUCAUUUAGGCAUUACUAAAGAUGAAGUUAUACAACGGCGUCAAGAGGUUCUACAAACUCAAAUGGACUUGGAGCAGAUAACUCAACAUUUAGAUAUGUUAAAGCAAGAAUCAGAAGUCCUAAAAAUUUGGCAUGUCGAUUCUCAAGCUGAAAACGAGGGUUUACGUAUUAUGAAAGAAAUAUCAACUGCAUGGAAAGAGGGUCUUGAAGGGCGAAAUCAAUUACUAAAUUUUGAUGAAAUUCUCAAAGGUAUAUUACCAGAAGAUAAAACUGUUCAAGAUUUAUUAAAUGAACGGCGUCCCGACUUAUGGAGUAUAUUUAAUCCAUUGAUUGAUCCGGAAAAGCAAAAACUUAAACAUGCAAACAAAAGUAAAAUUCAAGCAAAAUCCGCCUUUAAAGCUCAUUCAUUGACAAGAUUUUCUCAUAGAAUAAAUAGAACUUCGUCUAAAAUUGUAUUUCAUUCUUAA